AUGGAUCGCAUCGAAGAUCAUUCGUCAGACAGCACAACCCUUUUCAGGCUGUCUGGUGAAGGAACGCGACAGGGCGACCAAGAGGCUCUCCUGCGAUACCUUAGGAGCAGGGAUGGGCCUGUGACGGAGCGUCUGUUUGAAUUGGCCUCAAGGAAUUACAAUGAUACCAACAACGCCCAGGUAGUCCAGCGGCCCCAGCAGCCCCAGGGGCAAGGAGGCCCCAACAGCCAGGAACAGGUGGUGUAA